GUUUUGCUUUUCGCAUGCGUGUCGCGACACAAUCUUUGAACUACAUGCGCCGACUUCAUUUGAACCCAUCCCUCAGAGGUUCAAAGACUGGCCGAUGACGUGUGUGCGUGCUAUUUUUUGACAAGGCCAUUUUGUUUACACUAUCGACCUCCGGCGGUCAUCUUGACGAGUUCUUAACGAGUCUUGUCGCCCUCAUCUUAUCUCCCACUUCUGCCGCUUGAAAGACAAAGUGUGCUUUCUGGAGCGCGUAAGGAAGUUAAGAGACCGAUAACCGUUCCAUCCAUUGAGACCCUCACUGUUUGAAUCUAUCUGUCGAUUUCGCAGAUUGGAGUAUUGGCAUAAAACGAAACGCCUUCCUCUGUUGAACACACUAGAUCCAGUCAAUAUCGCUGACAAGUGGCCAGCAAAUCUCAUCGUCACCAAUUCCCACCCCUCUUCUCUUUAAUGGCUUUUGCCCACGACAGUCACCUCCCUCACCGAGAACAGCAGACCGCGACCCUGUCAAACUUGUCUCCAGGCGCCUCAACGUUUUCGGCCGUGGAACCUGCGCCUUCCAUACGUCAUGCCUGCUUCUUCUUAUCCUCGCUUGUACCCUUCGCACGAUGACCCUGGCCGCUACACCGCGUCAUUCAUUAACGUUUCAAAUCGUUCCUCCUUUUCCACCUGAUGGCUUUCCUCACUAGACUGCUCGAUCUUAUCCGCACAUACACCUGGAGAGAGAACAAGGAGACAAAGCUCGAUCGCUUCGACGGUGCGGUGCAGACUGGUCGGCAAUGGCCACACAAGAGAAUGUGCGCUGGCUGAUAAGGUUGAGUUCAUUGACAGUGACGCAGAUGAAGCUGUUAAGAUGUGGAAAAUGCCAUCAAUGUUCUAUCUAUACAUGCCUAUUUGGUGUUCAGCCGCUGUCGAGAUUAAGAGCAGAGCAGCUACCAAACUCAACAAGAUGCAACUCGGAGAUGACAUGCUUCAUAGUCUACAAACAAGGCGGUUCAAAAGCGCCGGCGGACAUAUCGUCGAUGCAUGAAUACUGUCGUGGGUUAUUAUUGCCUGUCCGACUCGAGAUUGUCGGUACCUGGGAUCUUGUGGAUUUGAGGACCUCCGCAGGCAUUCAAUACCUGCACGCACAGCACGAUUCAAGAUCGAGUUACUGAGCUCUUACAACGGUAGGAAUAGACCGCAUUUAACAUGGACAUCGCCAACCGCCAUGAACCAGGACUCACCCUUCCUGGUGUGCAGCAUUGGUGCUGCCUGCUCCGUGGAUGGGGGUCUCACUCGUGCCAGAGUCGAUCUGCUUUACAAGAGAAUGCCGUGGCACUACUGUCGUAGCUGGUGUAUCAUCGGCGUGCCGACCUUCUACCGGCAAUGUCAGACGAAUGUUUAGCAUGAAUUUGUCAUUCCAAGAUUCUCCAUAUCAGACUACGACGGAGAGACACCGACUCAGACAGAUUCAGUGUACUAUACAGUACAAGACUAAAAUAGGGCCGGCCAAUUUACUGUACUGUCAGCUUCUGCCUUACAGUACUAAAAGAAGGGAGUGUCUCGCUUGUGUCACGGCAGUACAUAAUGAGGGAAGGCGAUGGUCGAGAGGGGGGGUGAGUUGGUAGGAGACAAUGCUGACGCCUGAGAGGGGUGUGACCGUCCUAUUCGUACGGUACAGUCUUAUGCAAGCACAUGUCAGAGGCCGGGGGGAACGAAAAGUGGUCAGUGCGAGAAUCCAGGGCUCCACUCCACCCAUCCAUUCAUCCUGUCCUGCCCUGUUCCCUUCCCUCAGUCACAGCACUCUUCCUUUCUCCCUCCCUCCUUCUCCCCUCUCUCUCACUUGCCUGUCCUUCCUAGCUCUUUUCCACUUGUGUUCGUCCACAACACACGACUCGAGCGACGUGACCAGGCAUGGCCAUGUUGCUCUACCAAAUACCAAAAGACACAGCUGGACGAGAUGAGUGAUAACCAUGCCAAAUCUUCCAAUCCUACCCCGUUUGAGGAGCAGAAAUCACCCUGCGACGGUCAGAUCCUUGGUGCAUUUUGGAUUGUGUGUCUCCUUCGGGGAGACGCCUCUUUGAGUUGAACCUUGCCCUCCAGUAUUUGGAAUCAAGACCAGGAGAACGGCAUGAUCCAGCCAUUCUAGCUUUUGGCCGAUCAAUGAUUUCUACAGUAAUGCUUAUUCCCUUUUGGUGCAAAUUUCAAGAAUAGUGAGACCACUCGAGGAAGAGAGGAUGUGAUUGUCCUGUACUGUACUGUGCGAGAUCACAUUCAGAGGACGG